UGAGCGAUAAUAUCAGUUCGAUGCAGCUUCCCUAUCAUCAUCUUGAGCGGCGGGGAGACGAUUUCAUGCACAAGCGCGUUGCCGUUGUUCGUCUCGUGUGGCCCAUUGUGCGGUAUUGUUGUUAUUUGUUGUUUGCUUUUGCUCGUUCAGGUGCAAAGCAAAUGGAGUGGCGCCAGCAAAGCACUUUCAGCUGCGUAGACGCCUUCGGUGAGGCGCAGCGUUGGAUUGAGGAGGUAACUGGAAAAUCUUUUGGCUGCAGCGACUUUCGUGCAGCUCUUGAGAAUGGAGUCCUGCUUUGCGAUCUGAUCAACCAGUUAAAGCCUGGAAUCAUUAAAAAACUGAACCGACUUUCUACUCCCAUUGCUGGCUUGGAUAACAUAAAUGUGUUUCUAAAAGCUUGUGGGAAAUUGGGACUCAACGAGUCACAGCUGUUUCAUCCAGGAGACUUGCAGGACCUGUCAAAUCGAGCGAUAGUCAGGCGAAAUGAAAGCAGUCGAAGACUCAAAAAUGUUCUUAUCACAAUCUACUGGUUGGGACGUAAGGCCUACCUUGAUGAUUGCUACAGUGGUACUCAUCUUAACUUCAAGGCCUUUGAAGGACUUUUGGGGUUGGCUUUGUCAAAGGCUCUUGAUGAUGGCAGUAAUACCUUUGAGAAGGAUGGUGCCUACAAAGAAUGCAGUCAUCCAGGGAGGAGGAUGAGCUAUAAGUGGGAGACUUCAGUAGACCGCUUCGACUCUACAGACUCCCGGGCCCCCCAUGCAAGCAGUGAAGGUUGUGGAAGUGAUGCGGAAGCUGAGCAAGUGUUUAGGACUGAGAACACACGGCCGACCAAAGGCUAUAUCCCACCUCCACUCCUACGGAAGAAACGAAAUGAGGAAAAUGGAAAAGUCUCCACUUCCUUUAACAGGAGCAAAUCAUUGAGUGACAUCCCAACGGUAUGCCCUUCACAUAAGGUUUCCGAAGGCUUUGUGGGCAAGGGCCAGGACGCUGGAACAGCUAAAUGGAAUCAAGACAGGAAAUGGAGGAGCCACAGUGCUGGCAGAGACAAUGAGACUCGGUGGCAAGAUGCUUUGACAAAGUGGAAAAAUCAUCGCAGGAAUACAAAGUCUAGUCUCCGCAGGAAGUCUGAUCGAGAACAUGUCAUUAACAAGAUGACUAAUGGAGCUUUGAAUGACCAUAAAGAGAGAGAAAAGCACAGUGCGCAGUCAGAAAGAGAGCAGCUGUCAGCACAAAGGCACAGCUCUGCCCCACACGCUCACUCCACUUCUCCUCCAUCAAAGUUCUCAAGCUCUUUUUUGUGGACACAUAGUCGAGCUCCAUUGGCUCGAAGCUAUGCCACUGAGGUGCCUUUUAGCACUGGCUCUUCUUAUUGUCACCAUAACGUUUUCCCUGCACAGGCACCUUCAGUUGGCGCCAUGCCCGCCUCUGAUGGAAACAUCAUGGGAGAGGAGACCCAUUUUGCAUCUCUGUCAUUAAAUGGACCAGCGGUAACCACACCAAUACAGGACAACGCUUUUAGCUUCCAAACCCACUUCAAAGCCCAAGGCAAUCCUGCUCCUGUUCAUCCUGUAACUGAUCUGAAUCAGCUAGAGAGUGUUACAGCCCAAAUCGCUUCUCUAGGCACACCAGUGUAUCCAAAUGAAGCGGAAGCAGCUAGCACCGUGGAUAACUCUAAUGGUUUUGGAGACCUUUAUGACCAGAAACCCUUGUCUAAAAGAGAGAGAAAUGAAAACCCCUCUGAAAUGUCAGAAGACAAAAGUAGAUGUCAGUCAGCGGCAGACACCAAAAAGUAUUUGACCAGAGCUGCUUCUUGGUCAUGCUCAGCCAGCCUUCCUCGAGGUUUCAGACGGUCUGAUGGUUCCUGUCGCCACUCGUCUGUCAUCACAGCCAGGCCCUUUCAGACCAAGCAGUCCAGGAUCUCAACACUGCCAAGACUAUGCAAUAUAAACGACAACCAGAGUCCGACGUGGGUGACUGAAGGAGAGGAGGGCGCUCCUUCCCCACCCGGCAGUGCUAUGCUCAAAAGGCAGACUGCCACUUCUUAUCUCAGAGGUCCGCACCAGGAUCCAGUGCAGGUAGCCAACCAUGUAGAGCAGACUGCUUCAGGAAGGGUAGAGUGCAAGAACCUUUCUGGCCAGACUUUUCAAACCAGUUGCCAUCAGCUCCAGUCCCAACAGUGUUCAAAAAUGCAGCCCCAAAACAGGGAACCCACAACUCCGCCAAGUAGUGCCAGGAUUGACAACUCCAAGAACAGUAGAUCGGACUUUGGUUUCCACCUGCAUUGGGAAGCUACUGGAGCAAGAACAAAAUGUAUUCAACCAGCAGGCAGCCCAGCCGAUCUCUGCCAGCUGCGUGUAGACGACGAGAUCGUGACUGUUGAUGGCGAUCCGGCAGUGCACAUGAGCUCCAGCCUGUGGGAGGAAAAAAUUACAUCAGCCCAGCAAAUUGCCACUCUUACCAUGGAUACUCAACGCUAUGAAAAGAAGGGAGGUUCGGAAUCGGCAGUUUCAGAUCUCCAGGUCCCAUCCCUCACCCCAUCCUCAUCCAGCUGGUCAUGGGACCACAAAGACGGCCGCAGGCGGCAGGAAGAACAAGAGCGCCUCCUUCAGGAGCAAUAUGAGCGAGCUCAGCAGAGGCUUGAGACAGAGUGGCAGAAGGCGCAACACGAUGCAAUUGAGAAUAACUUGGAAAUGAGCAAUGUUGAGAACCCUCCCAGAGGGAUUCAUUUGAAUGGUUUGACAAAGACAAAGCAGCAGAGCCCUGAAAAACUCCAACUUAAACCUCAAAAUGGCACACAGAAAGAUCUAUAUGACAAAGUCUGGGCUGAGGGCACCUCUGGCUUUGCUCAGCUCUCUCCUGCACACAGGCAAUGUAUACUAAUUUUGAGCCGCUGCCUCUCCCUCAGGGCAAAGUCAUUGUCUAAUCCAGCAUUAGCCGGUUCACACACACAGCCAAAAGGUGAUCUGAGGAAAAAAAAGGGGGAGCCUCUUUCCAAGGCUGAGCAAGAGAGGCAGCAAAUCUUGGAGGAGAUGAAAAAGAGAACUCAGCUUCUGACUGACAACAGCUGGAUACGCCAGCGUAGCAGUAGUUUUUACAAGGAGCCAAUCUACAUUGGGAUGCCCCUUAAAAGAUAUGAGUCUCUUGACACUCUUGGAACUCCUCGUUCAACCUUUACGGGAGGUUAUCCCCGACCACACUCGGUGGCUGCAGGUUAUUUUGCUCCAGGUGGCAACUCGUCCACCUUUUACAAUAAUGGAUCCAGGCCAUCCGAGAGAAAUACACCUACAAAUUAUCAUCGCGGCAGGAAGGACAGUGGAAGGAGAACUUGCAGUUUGUGUGAAGGCCACUUGAGUAGUGGGGCAGCCAUGGUUAUUGAAGCCCUUGGUCUCUGCUUCCAUUUUGCCUGUUUUCAGUGUGUGGGUUGUCAGCAAUAUCUUGGAAAAAAAGAGGCUGGAGUACAGGUUCGGGUCCAAAACAACAAACCAUACUGUGAGCCCUGUUAUUUCCAACUUAAGUCAACCAGUUCCCCAUCCAUGUGACCAGAACAAAGAAUUCAUGCUUACAGAGUAAGCUACAGAGUGGAGGAAUACAACACGUCUACAGACAAUUUUGAAAUUGGUUCUUUGUAAUUGUUUCAGCAGUUUUGGGGGGAUUGACAUAAGGAGAUAAUUGUUAUAUCAAUUUGAAUGUAUUAUACAAUCAAGAAAUGUUUAGUGUUUAUUUUCCUAUUAAUGUUACUGUUUUCAUCGUCAAACAUGAAACCUAGCUGUAGUAUUGUGUACAGCCCUUGUUUGGAAGCACAUUUAAACUUGUAUGAGCACUUUUUUCCUUGUGAAUUUAUCUCACAAUGUGCACUUUGGUAUUGGUCAGUGCUAUGACACACAAAUUGACAACUCAAUAGUAUAACUACGUUUUCAAUGCAUUUGUUUUUUUUUGGAUUUGCUAUUCAUGUGUACCACAAGGGGGCACAUCUAAUUAAAUCAAUGCUGUAGAGCCACUCUUCCUUAAGUACUAACAGUACCGUACUGUAACGUAGAUGGUGUGCAGUGAACACAAGGAUUCAUGUCAUCGCAUUGCAGUACCUUUUCAGAAUGCUCUAUUAAGAUGUUUGUUUGUAUUAAACUUGCAGCAAAUGGUCAUUGACCAAAGCACGUUUUAACUGAAUUCUGUCCUCUUUUUGCUGUUUGGUUUUUCACACCAUAACUAACCAGUACUCUUUUGUGAAAGACCUUCGAAAUGUUUUUUUUUUUUCUUCCCCCUCUCAAAGAUCUCUACAUUGGAAGUUUGUCAUUCAAAAGUUGCAUUCAAUGCUGUUUUGCCUCCCUGUCAAUAAAAAUUACAAGACUGUAACAACCUA